AUGAAGACUGAUUGGGAAGGUGGAUACUUCCCUCUAACACUUCAUUUCAGUGAGGAUUACCCCAGCAAGCCUCCCAAGUGCAAGUUCCCUCAGGGUUUCUUCCUCCCAAAUGUCUAUCCUUCGAGAAUAGUCUGCCUUUCAAUCCUUAACGAGGACAGCGGUUGGAGACCAGCUAUUACUGUUAUGCAGGUUUUCAUCGGUAUCCAGGACUUGCUAGAUCAGCCAAAUCCUGCUGACCCUGCUCAAACAGAUGGCUAUCACCUUUUUAUCCAGGAUCCUACAGAAUAUAAGAGGCGUGUUAGACUGCAAGCGAAGCAGUAUCCGGCAUUGUUUUUAUUGGUCCGAGCUCCUCCUGCCUCCGUGGCUGCGCCGCCGGCCGCCAGUGUUCCGUGGCCGCGCCGCCCGCCGCCGGAGCAUGCAGACCGCCAUGGCUCGCCGCGGGAGCUCGCAGGACCUCCGUCGCAGGACCGUGAGACCUCCAUGCGCGCCCGCCCCAGCCAUGGCCGAGCCUCCAGCCGCCCACCGAAGCUCGCCCCGCUUAUGUAUUCUAUACACAUGGGUGUGCGCAUGGUGAACCCGAGCCUGACCUUCGCAGCUCGAUGUGCGCCUGAUACUGAAAAGGAUUUUUGGGCACUGAGAGGGAUUUCCCAUGGCACGAGUAGCAGAUUGGAGAGGCUACUAUUCUGA